CGGGCACGCAGUGGGGCGCAUCUCCUGCUGAUGGGCACCGAGGAGAAAAGCCAGGACCCGGACGGACGCUUUGCACAUGCAGAGCCGGCUGCAGCACGCAGGGCUUCUCCUCCGCACCCCGGCACCAGGAGACGUGAACCCCGAUCACCAUGGAGACGGGGCCAGCAUGGGUCUGUGUCCUGCUCCCCCUCUGCCUCUUGCCGGGAGCCCUGCACAAACACGACAGCGCUGUGCAAUGGGACCACCUCGAAUGUGACCGAGGUCCCCCCGGCCCCCAGCACCCCUUGGUCCACGCGCCCCGUGGUCAGGGUGCAAACCAGCCCGGCCGCCCAGCUCCUGGCGGAGAACAGCCUUGUGAAGGUGGAGGCCGGCCUCACCUCUGUGACUGUCCCUGAGGGGGGUCGGGCGACCCUGGAGUGCCGGUUCGAAGCCCCGUCUGGGGCCCGGGUCACCUGGAGCCGAGCUUCUCGGAACUGCAGCGAGCCUAUCCUGGUGGCCAAUGGCACCGGUUCCCAGCACAGCGUGGCCAUCACCGCAGGCACCGGCGUCUCCAUCCUCACCUUCCACUCCGCCAGGAAGAGCGACAUCGGCCUGUAUUUCUGCCAGGUGCAAACCGACAAGGCCUGGGGCCAGUCGUGCGGCACCUACCUGCGGGUUCGCAAACCCAUCCCGGUUCCCUUCCUAAACAUGCGGGAAUCCACCAAGAACCAGCUGAUCACCGCCGAGGGCAUCCUGCUCCUGUUCUGUGCCGUGGGGCCCGGCGUCUUCCUCCUCUUCAGGAAGAGAUGGGAGAAUGAGCGGCUGCUGCAGUCCAAGAAGAACGAGUAUGAAGAGGAGAAUCUGUACGAGGGCCUGAACCUGGACGAGUGCUCCAUGUACGAGGACAUCUCGCGGGGCCUGCAUGCCACCUACCAGGACGUGGCCAACCUCCACGUGCUCGACAUGCAGCUGGAGAAGCCGUGAGGGGGGCACCGGCCGUGACCCGGGGACCUCUUGGUGCCAGCUGGGUCCCUGGGUCUGGUCUCUCCACGGCAGUUUGUCCCAGGCUGCUGGGCGAGGCCUCCGCCACAAGCCUGCGUCACCCUGAUUGUCGCCACGCUGGGAGGGGAGGGGAGUUGUGCGUUUACACGGACCGUUCCGCUCUGGGGGCCUGGGAGCCGGGUGCUCUCCCCAAGGGGAGAACCAAGUUCCUCUCAGGCAGGAGACGCUUAUUCACCUAUCGGGCUAAAUGUCACGUCGCAAUGGGUGCACUCCCCACUGAGCGAAGUGCGGGGCGAGGCACGGUGAACUCGCUGGGGAGAUCUCGGCAGACCCCGCAGCCCCGGGAAGUGUGGACCGAUGGCGGAGGGUGCAGAGAUCCACCCGGGUACCCUUCACCUGGGGACAGACUGCCGGGGCGCUUGUCUUACAAUGGGGGGCAGGGGGUGUCGCAGCCGACUGAGUCGUUAAUUUGGGUGAGCUAAACUUCAUUAGCGCAGCAGUGUCUUGUCACUUCCCGCUGGGCGUGUUAUGAGUUUAUUUUACAUGUAGCCGUUUCUCUCUGCUUCUCGCUGUCACUCCAGUCUGUUCAAUAAACGUGCCCGUGUUCUCUCGCUAAACCAGGGGCUCUCAAAACGUC